AGACAUUUUGAAAUAGUUUCCUCCAAAGCUUAAACCGCAGAGAUUAGCUUCUGGUGGAUAAAUAAAUAAAACAAAACGAAGAAUGUAUGUGAGCAAAUAAGAUAUAAACGUGAUAAAUAAAACAAAACUGGUGUAAACUUUUUAAUAAAGAGUAAAGCUGAAAAUACGACGAUAAGAAUAUUUUUGUGGCAUAAAUUAUGUUACAACGUAAAGUUGUUUUUUAAAUGACAAUAUAGUUUACAGAAGUAUAGUUUACAUUAUUUGGAUAGUUAAAGUUAUAGACGUCACAAAAAAAGUCAUAUCAUUUCUUUUAUCAAAGCACAACAAUGAUGUAGAUUUCAUCAGAAGAAGGUGGUUCACUUCAUAUUCACUUCAUUUCAUAUUCUGUUAUGCUAAAUACACCUGAUAUUCGUACAGCGCUGACUCACGACGUUUAAAAUAACUCAUCAUCUUGUAAUUAGCAACAGUUAUUAAAAAUUUAAAAUGUUUUAUUUUUGAAUGCAAUUUCCGAUUUGAGAAACGGAAUGCGGUAUCACAGUGGUUUGUUAUUAAUGGUAUACUUAUAUGUUUUCGUGUUUAUUAACAACAUUUGCAUACACUAGAGAAGAAAAAAGUUUGAAUAUCUGGUUAUAAGGUUUCUAUGUACAAGUUUCUAUCGGUGUGUAUCCAAUCUUCAUAAAGAGUUAUACAGAUGUUACAUUGUAUGGUUGGUUUCAUUACCUCUACAGUCUUAUGUUAUCACUAAAUGUUAGCAUGCCACUAUGUUUUUUCAUUUUUAUCACUACUAUAUGUCUCACUUGAUUUACGCAGGAUAAGUACUAGACCUUUACCCUACAGUUACACAUCGGCAGGUCGUUCUAUCUAUCCGGCAGGUUGUUCUAUCUAUGGUAGUUGUAUGUAUUUUUAUUUUGUUUAACUUUAACAUGUUUUUACUUUCUUUUACUGGGCAUGCAUUAUACAGAAUAUCUGGAUUCGCAGAUAAUACACCUAAGAAGGGCAAAAAGAUAUCUUUUGAAUAUUUGCACCCGAGUAGGUUUUUACCUUGAUAAGCAGCUGUUCGAAUUACUUGCAACAAAUCGUAAAUAUUCGUUUCUUUUUCUAAUAGAUUUCAUGUAUAUGCUUGAUACAAUAAAAACGGCCACUAUUAUUUAUCUAAAACGUCAAUAAAUAAAUACAAUAAAAUACUGAGUUUAAAUUUUUUGUGAUCACUUUGUGUUUAUUCAUACACAGUUUGAACGUAUGCAACACUCAUCCUCAAAUUCGAACAGGCAGAUACGAAGUUUGUUCGAAUUGAGAGCUAAUUUAACUUUUCAAAUACUUAAUUAGACACCCUUAGGCCAACUUCGUAUCCCUUUAUUAGGAGCGUCUACACUGUGGAAAUUAAUUUUAUCAGUAAAGUAGUGUUUCAGGAAGCAUCUCCCAGAACAUCCUAUUUCAACACCAGAUCUAUUAGCGCAUAUUUCUACCAUUAUAUUUCCGCUUUUUAACUUUUACAGUAACAAAAAUACUUCCAGUUUCACAGUUAUUUUUUUAAUAUUUUCGCUGUUUUGCACCUUUCUCAUAAGAAUGAGAUAAUUCUGACUUGUGACAUUUGACGUAAUUGAUGUUAAAAAGACCAUAGAUGUACUGUUCUAUCCUUUCCCAUUUUGUUAUUUUGGUUUACUUUCGCAUAUUCUAAUUUCUGGUAACUUGGUGAUUACAAGAUAUUACCUUGAUAUGACAGAAUAGUUAAGCUGAUGAUGACAAUGCUGCAUACUCAGAAUGUCUGCUACACUGAGUAAUAAGUACUUAUAGAAAUGCUAAUUCAUAUUGGUGUCUCCUGCCAUGCAUCGUCAACAUCCCCUAACUGCAGAAACAAAUUCCCUGCAAAAACGUACCGGUCAAUUAAGUUUAUUUUAAAUUUUUACAAUCGAUUUAGAAUUGUAUUUCACUUUGACCUCUCCACCCAUCUUUAUCUUUCACCGAGAGUUUUUGACAAAUCAACUACAACAACGACAACAACAACAAAUUUCAACCUCUACAGGGUAUACCAUCAGGACAUCAAAAAGUGUCCGCUACAUAGUGGCUUCUCAAAUGUGCUUAUGGUGUUUCAAAAGCCUGCUCCGGGAUGUUAAGGUAUAGUAAAUCGAACGCACAAAAUUUAAUAUUUUAAACUUGUAUCAAAUUUUCUUGCAUAAAAUAGACAAAUGUUUUACAAGAAUUGUUUUCUAUGACCCAUUGUUUGGCGUGUCAGAUAUAGAACAGCCAGUUUGAGGAAGUAAUAUAAAUUACGGCGUCAGGCUUGGUUUAUUAAACUCGUUGCUAAAAAAGAAAGAAACAUUAUACGGUAUUAUAUGGAUUAUCUAGAAUCUAGAUAUUUUAUCUUUCAUUUCAACAAUAUUUAAUUUUUUGGCUUUUAUCUUUUUCUACAGAAUAUCAAACAUAGAUUCGUGAUAGAAUUAAACGUUUUUUCUAUAAGUUCUAAUGGUGUUCACAAUACGAUAAACUCGUUUUUAAAACAGUGGCAAACCAACACACGAAUUUAGCCUUACCAACAACUAACCAACAACUAACCAACGACUAACCAACAAUUAACCAACAACUAACCAACGACUAACCAAAGACUAACCAACAACUAACCAACAACUAACCAACAGUUAACCAACGACUAACCAACGACCAACCACCAACUAGCCACCAACUAACCACCAACUAACCACCAACUAACCAACAACUAACCACAACUAACCAACAACUAACCAACAACUAACCAGCAACUAACCAACGACUAACCAACAAAUAACCAACGACUAACCAACGACUAACCAACGACUAACUAACAAUUAACCAACAACUAGCCAACAACUAACCAACAACUAACCAAUAACUAACCAACAACUAACCAACAACUAACCAACGACUAACCAACGAUUAACUAACGAUUAACCAACAACCAACUAACAACUAACCAAAAACUAGCCAAAAACUAACCAACAGCUAUCUAAAAAUUAAACCCAGAAAAUACAGAAAACUAAGCAACAUUGAGUCUUAGUCAAAAUUCUGCGAAUAUCUCAUUAAAUUUUUGCUGACAAUUUAACGGAUUUCGCACCCCUCCGCCUAAUACUUCCAUCGUCAUAAUUCAUCGCAAUAAAUGUGUAGACACUCCCACUCCGAAAACAUCUUAUUAACAGUGUACUACGUAAGGAUAAGGGUUCUUUUUAAUUUGUCGGACUAAAUUAUUUAUGAAAUUUGAUUAAAUCUGCCAAAAAGUAAAAAAACAUGAUGAAAAUUCAAAAGUUUUUAUUUCCAUGCAAACAUGAAAGUGUGGAGGUUUUCGUGGUCGUAGUUCAUUAAUAUUAAUUUGCAAGAUAUUCGGUUUAUGUUGAUUUGCUUCAAUGUAUAGUAUUUUGAAUUAAAACUACAAGUUUCUUAUAAGCACGUGGUCAAAUUCUCUAUUCGGAAAUCAUUUGGGAAAUAACUUUCGACAGAAGGGAUGUUGAAAUCAAUUCACAAUGAUAUUUCUAGUUGUUAUUCUUAUGUAAGCUUACCUUACAAUGUAAAAUUUUCAGAAGAAAAAUACUGUAGCAACAGAAUUGCAUGAAAAUGAAGAAAAAAGAAAAUGAAGAAGAAGGCUGACUCUCCUUGCCAUUCGCUUUUUAAUUUUUAAACAAAUGGCAUCGCUAACGUGUCCAUACCUUGAUUAAUUUUUUUCAACAUAGUAAAGAUAAUGUUUUAGAAUGGUUUUCAUAAACAAAUUGGCGGUAACGAGAACACGUACAUAUUUUCUGUUGUGAUUCUACAUGUUAGUGAAUUACACAUUUCAUUGAUUUUCUUUUUGAUGAGGUGAUAUGUAAUUGGUGGUGAAAAUUUUCUUCGUUUGAUUGGUUUCCUUUCUUUAUAUUGUUUAUUUGCAUGAAAUUUUUGUCGUCCUUUUUUUGAAUCGCAGCCAAACGUUUUCUCCCACGUCAGUGUUGUUUCGGGAUGUUAGAAGUAUGUCAGUUUGGUAGAAAUAAUUUGCACCGCAUAAAACCAACAUUGGCAAGCAGGAGAAGGGAGGAAAACGGUUCAGUAUCGGCAAUUUUGUUGUUAUAUUAUAUUGUGUCUACGAUUGAAGAAUUUCGUCUACAACUUUUUCUAUUAAUGACUUGCUUUCAAAUAUCCGCCAUUGCAACGGCCAGGUUAUGGAAGUGGACAAGAAAGUAUCAAUAUCCUAAUUUUGAAGGUGUUCUUCACCGUACUUUGGUGUUAUACAGACAUCAGUUAUUAGAUAUUUUACUAACUGUCUAUAGGGAAUACACUUUCGGAUGUCGGAUAUACAACCGUUUUGGACGGCCAGAUGGCGUUGUUAUUUUUAUAUGAUUAAAAUUAUUUUGAUUUAUUUUGAUUUUUUUUGAUUUAGGAUUGCUAUAAAUAGAAAUGGGUGCAACUGCAGCGAUCACAUUGUUAGCCAUUUGUCUAUUUUGCUAUAUUCUCGGAUUAACUGGACUUAUCAUUGGUUGCUAUGGUCACGCGUGGUGGAUAUUUGACACAGCUACGUAUAAAAAGGAAAUGGGAUUAUGGAAAGUUUGUGAACGAUUGCUGAAUGCAGAAACAGUCUGCACAACUAGAAAAGAUCUUUUUGACUUUGAUGGAAAGCAAAACGCAGAAAAAGACACCAUUCUCAUAAUUCUGAUAACGGCUGCAGUAUUUUGCUUCUUAGCAUUUCUAACAACUCUUCUAAUGAUAUGUUACAGAAAACGUGAAGGAUCAUGGAAGUGUUCAGCAUUGGUAUCAUUUUCCGUUUCAUUAAUUGGAGCGCUGAUAGCUUUUGCUGGACUCGGCUAUGCAGAAUUUGAAUUUGAAAGUGAAUGGAGCACAAAUGAUCAUGGCUGGUCAGUUUUACUAGCAUGGAUCGGUGCUGCAGCACAACUACUUGCAGCAGUCAUUUCUUGCAUACUUAUGUUUGUCGUACCUACUGAAAGUGGUAGUAAACAAACUGUGCAUUAUGUUGGGAACACUAACCCGACCUAUCAAGCAGAUUACUAUAGAUGAGUUGUCAUGUUCCAGAUUAAGACUGUCAAUAGUGUCAACAGACUGACAAAAUCCAUGUCUGUCCAUGUAACAAAUUAAAAAUGAUUCUAACUGUAAUAUAUAUGAUAUAGUAGGUUCAUAUUUACUUAUUUCAAUAUAGAUGUUUAAAGAUUUUAAA